AUGUCGUCCGCUACCGAAAAACGAGAGAUCGACGUCAUCAUUGAGAUGAUGGAAAUAUACAUCAAUUCAAUCUUGUACAAGCGCAAGCUCUAUCCAGAGGCAAUAUUUCGCAUCCGCAAGGCGUACAAUAUACCCGUGUACAUAUCCAUCUACACGGCGCUGAACGAUUACAUUGCACAAACGUUGAAGGCCGCCCGGGAGUUGAUAAGAAAUGGCAAGAUGCGCCGUCUGGAGGUGGUUAUUUUUAAGGAGCAAGACAAUCCCUUGGAAAGCUACGUGUUUGAUCUGAAUUACGGUGGGACAGUGUCGGAGAAAGAUGAAAACAUGAGCGUUUUCGAGGAGGAGCUUCGUAAAUCGUUGCUAGCCCUAGAUGCGCGCAUGAAGGAUUUAAAAAGCGUGUCGGACAACGCGGUCCUAAAGUUUAAAAUACUGCUGCACACAACGAAAUUGGCGUAUGUGAAGAUAGGAAAUAAUCCCCGGUUGCAGAGUUUUCCGUUCGUGCAGGAGACGGUAGUUCAGGAAGCGGACGAAAAGUGCAAAAUAGAGCUGCUGCCGGUUUUACAAACUUCCCGCGUUGGUAUUAAUGUGUUCGUUGAGCAGUACAGUGCAGUAUGA